GACUGCUAUCUGGGAAUAUACGAAGAUUCAUUGAAGGCAAUUGGGACAUAAAACUCCAGCGUCUGGCCUGAAGCGGUCGGUGCUGAGUUUCUGCAGGUCCAGGUCCUGCCGGUGGAUUCAGCUGUCGGGUUUUGGGAAGGGUGAAUGUCGAAUGGUUUGGCUUUUGUAACUAGGGACACACACACUAAAUACUGAGAGAAGCCUCCGCUCCUUUCGCACCCCUUUUCUCCCUCAAGGGCCCUACAUGUCUAAUAUUUAGACAUGUUCAGCUUUAUGGAUUCCAGGACUCUACUGCUACUUGUAGCAACUCAAGUCUGUCUAUUAUCCGUUGUAAGAUGUCAGGAGAAGAUCGAACAAUCGGAUGUGCUUAGCUGUUCACAAGAUGGACAGCGAUAUAGUGACAAGGACGUAUGGAAACCAGAGCCUUGUCGCAUCUGUGUGUGUGACACUGGAACCAUCCUGUGUGAUGAAAUUGUCUGCGAGGAGCUUAAAGACUGCCCCAAACCUGAAAUCCCAUUCGGAGAGUGUUGCCCCAUCUGCGCAGCUGACACGUCUCCGCCCAUUGGAACACCUGGAGCUAAGGGUCAGAAAGGUGAACCUGGAGACAUUACUGAUGUUGUAGGACCAAGAGGACCAUCUGGCCCAACGGGGCCGCCAGGAGAGCAAGGCCCCCGUGGACCAAGAGGAGAAAAAGGAGAGAAGGGAAACCCAGGUCCACGUGGCAGAGAUGGUGAGCCUGGAACCCCUGGAAACCCUGGGCCCCCUGGUCCUCCAGGACCUAAUGGACCCCCUGGCCUUGGUGGGAACUUUGCUGCUCAGAUGACCAGUGGCUUUGACGAGAAGGCCGGCGGCGCACAGAUGGGUGUUAUGCAAGGACCAAUGGGCCCUAUGGGACCCAGAGGACCACCUGGCCCCACUGGAUCACCUGGCCCACAAGGUUUCCAAGGCAGCCCAGGAGAGGCUGGAGAGCCUGGAUCAUCUGGUCCCAUGGGUCCUCGUGGCCCCCCUGGAUCUCCUGGAAAGCCUGGAGAUGAUGGUGAGGCAGGCAAAUCUGGCAAACCAGGCGACCGUGGACCUUCUGGACCCCAGGGAGCUCGUGGAUUCCCAGGAACACCUGGCCUGCCUGGCAUCAAGGGACACAGAGGUUAUCCAGGUCUUGAUGGUGCAAAGGGAGAGACUGGAGCUGUUGGCGCUAAGGGUGAGGCUGGUGCUCCUGGAGAGAGCGGUGCUCCUGGACCGAUGGGACCUCGUGGUUUGCCAGGUGAGAGAGGUCGCCCUGGACCCAGCGGAGCUGCUGGAGCACGUGGAAAUGAUGGCUUGUCCGGCCCUGCUGGCCCCCCAGGCCCCGUCGGUCCCUCUGGAGCUCCGGGCUUCCCUGGCUCUCCAGGUGCAAAGGGAGAAGCUGGUCCUACUGGUGCUCGUGGACCUGAGGGUGCUCAGGGACCUCGUGGAGAGUCUGGCACUCCUGGCUCAUCUGGGCCUGCUGGUGCGCCCGGCAACCCAGGUACUGAUGGUAUCCCUGGAGCUAAAGGAUCUGCUGGUGCUCCUGGUAUCGCUGGUGCUCCUGGUUUCCCUGGACCUCGUGGGCCUCCUGGGCCACAGGGAGCAACUGGGCCUCUUGGCCCUAAAGGAACAUCUGGAGACCCAGGUAUUCCGGGAUUCAAAGGAGAAGCUGGACCCAAAGGAGAAAUCGGCCCACCUGGCCUCCAGGGAGCACCUGGCCCACAAGGAGAAGAGGGCAAGAGAGGACCCAGGGGCGAACCUGGUGCUGCUGGACCUCUUGGACCUCCUGGAGAGAGAGGAGCCCCUGGUAACCGUGGUUUCCCAGGUCAAGAUGGUCUGGCAGGUCCAAAGGGAGCCCCAGGUGAGCGUGGACCCUCUGGUGCCAGUGGCCCUAAGGGUGCUGGUGGUGACCCUGGCCGUCCUGGAGAGCCUGGUCUGCCUGGUGCCAGAGGCCUGACUGGUCGCCCAGGGGACGCUGGUCCUCAAGGCAAAGUUGGACCUUCUGGAGCUCCUGGUGAGGAUGGACGUCCAGGACCCCUGGGCCCACAGGGAGCCCGUGGACAGCCUGGUGUCAUGGGAUUCCCUGGACCCAAGGGAGCAACUGGUGAACCUGGCAAGUCUGGCGAGAAAGGACUGGCUGGAGCUUCUGGUCUGAGAGGUCUGCCUGGUAAAGAUGGGGAAACUGGGCCUGCUGGACCCCCUGGCCCUGCUGGUCCUGCUGGAGAGAGAGGAGAGCAAGGACAGCCCGGUCCAUCGGGCUUCCAGGGUCUGCCUGGACCUCCUGGCCCUCCUGGUGAGGGAGGCAAGCCUGGAGACCAGGGUGUCCCUGGAGAGGCUGGAGCAGCUGGUGGUACUGGACCCAGAGGAGAGCGUGGUUUCCCUGGAGAGAGAGGAGCUGCUGGCCCUCAGGGUCUGCAGGGACCCAGAGGUCUGCCUGGAACCCCUGGAACUGAUGGAGUCAAGGGAGCCAUUGGACCUGCUGGUGCCCAAGGAACUCAGGGCCCCCCAGGCCUGCAGGGUAUGCCUGGAGAGAGAGGAGGCAUUCCUGGACCCAAAGGAGACAGAGGUGACAUUGGAGAGAAAGGACCUGAGGGUGCUCCUGGCAAAGACGGUGCCAGAGGUCUCACUGGUCCCAUUGGUCCUUCUGGUCCUUCUGGUCCCAACGGUGAGAAGGGUGAAUCAGGUCCUGCUGGUCCUGUUGGUGUUCCUGGCACCCGUGGUGCUCCUGGUGACAGAGGUGAAACUGGACCUCCUGGACCUGCUGGGUUUGCUGGACCCCCUGGUGCUGACGGUCAGCCUGGAACCAAGGGAGAGCAGGGAGAAUCUGGACAGAAGGGAGAUGCUGGUGCCCCUGGACCCCAAGGCCCAUCUGGUGCCCCUGGACCUGCAGGACCUACAGGUGUUUUUGGACCUAAAGGCGCUCGUGGUGCUCAGGGACCUCCUGGUGCCACUGGAUUCCCUGGAGCUGCUGGCCGAGUUGGACCCCCUGGCCCCAAUGGUAAUCCUGGACCAGCUGGUCCUGCUGGCCCUCCUGGUAAAGAUGGACCCAAGGGUGUGAGAGGAGAUGGUGGACCCCCAGGCAGACAGGGUGAUGCUGGGCUCCGCGGCCCUGCUGGGUCUCCUGGAGAGAAAGGAGAUCCUGGAGAGGACGGUCUUCCUGGUGCCCUAGGUCCUUCAGGUCCUCAGGGUUUGGCUGGUCAGCGCGGUAUUGUUGGUCUACCUGGCCAGCGUGGUGAGAGAGGAUUCCCUGGUCUGCCUGGACCCUCUGGUGAACCUGGAAAGCAAGGAGCGCCUGGUGGCCCUGGAGACCGUGGACCCCCGGGACCCGUGGGACCUCCUGGACUCACUGGACCUGCAGGAGAGCCUGGCAGAGAGGGAAACUCUGGAUCUGAUGGACCUCCUGGUAGAGAUGGUGCUGCUGGAAUCAAGGGUGAUCGUGGUAACACCGGUCCUGCUGGUGCUCCUGGUGCUCCAGGUGCUCCUGGUGCUCCCGGCCCAGUUGGUCCCACCGGCAAACAGGGAGACAGGGGAGAGGCUGGUGCGCAAGGACCUGCUGGACCUUCAGGGCCUGCUGGAGCCAGAGGAAUGCCUGGACCCCAAGGACCCCGCGGUGACAAGGGGGAGGCUGGAGAGGCUGGUGAGAGAGGACAGAAGGGACACAGAGGUUUCACUGGUCUGCAGGGUCUGCCUGGACCUCCGGGUCAAGGUGGAGACCAAGGUGCUACUGGACCUGCUGGACCUGCUGGACAAAGAGGACCACCGGGACCUGUUGGCCCUGCUGGAAAAGAUGGUGCAAACGGUCUGCCAGGACCAAUUGGACCCCCUGGACCUCGUGGUCGCAGUGGAGAGACUGGUCCUGCUGGUCCCCCUGGAAACCCUGGACCCCCUGGUCCUCCUGGUCCCCCUGGCCCUGGUAUUGACAUGUCUGCCUUCGCUGGUUUGGGUCAGACUGAGAAGUCACCUGAUCCUCUCAGGUACAUGAGGGCUGACCAGGCUUCUGGAAGUCUCCGCCAGCAUGAUGCUGAGGUCGACUCCACCCUCAAAUCUCUCAACAACCAGAUUGAGAACAUCCGCAGUCCUGAGGGAUCCAAGAAGAAUCCUGCUCGCACNNAGGCUGAUCUGCUUUUUUUUUGUCCUCUCUUGAUCUUCCCUGUAGGAGAGUACUGGAUUGAUCCCAAUCAGGGUUGUACCAUCGAUGCAAUCAAGGUGUUCUGCAACAUGGAUACAGGGGAGUCCUGUGUCUACCCUAAACCUUCUAAAAUCCCUCGCAAGAACUGGUGGUCCAGCAAGAGCAAGGAUCGCAAACACAUCUGGUUCGGAGAGACAAUGAAUGGAGGAUUCCAUUUCAGCUAUGGUGAUGACAGCCUGGCACCCAACACUGCUGCCAUUCAGAUGACGUUCCUGAGACUGCUGUCCACCGAAGCUUCUCAAAACCUCACCUACCACUGUAAGAACAGCGUGGCCUACAUGGACGCCUCAACGGGCAACCUCAAGAAGGCCGUCCUGCUGCAGGGCUCCAACGAUGUGGAGAUCAGAGCUGAGGGCAACAGCCGUUUUACAUACAGCGUGAUGGAGGACAGCUGCACGAAACACACGGGACAGUGGGGCAAGACAGUGAUGGAAUACAGAUCGCAGAAGACCUCUCGUCUGCCCAUUGUGGACAUUGCCCCCAUGGAUAUCGGCGGAGCAGACCAGGAGUUCGGUGUUGAUAUCGGGCCAGUCUGCUUCUUGUAAAGAAUGAGGGAUCAAAAGAAGAGAAAGAAGAAGUGAAAUUUUACAAGUGAAAGAGGAGCACACUUCAGAUAAAGGAGGGGAGAAAGAGAGAGAAAGAAAAAUCAAGACACUUUUUUUAAAUGGGACUUUUUUCUAAUUAAGAAGUGCUUUUUCCAAGUCGAACUCUGUAGGAUAUCUGCACUGAAUGACACCAGCAACAGUCAUCUGUGAUUCAUCCAGCUUUGCCUCCAGACAAAUCGCCUCCCCUAUGAACAACAGGCACUCCCCAAGAGUCCCCACUUCACCCCGGGUGAACAGCAACCCCCUCUGCUUACCCCAGCCCCACAUCCAUGAGCAAGAAGUAUGAGGAGAGCAGCAUACCAGAGAACUAGAGAGAGAAAAACGUGUUGGUGUUAUUUAUUUAUUGUUUAGAUUUGGGUCCCAGAUGUGGGAGGACUGAGUUUGUUGCUAAGAAAUAAAAAUCCAACUUACACAUAUUUUAAAAAACAUUAUCCACCAACUUCCUCUCUUACUUCCUCAUGUUUUCUAAUCACCCAACUCCUGUACCACAUCCACUAAAGCGAACACAACUCUUUAAUACAAAAAAAGUCUAGCUACUUAGAAAGUUCAGGUUUUCCUCUUUCUUCCACCACAGUGUGUAUCAAGAAGUUACUGUGUUUUAUAGUAAAAGUCAAUGGUGCUAUUGUUGUAAAAGUCUGUAUUUUUUAACAACCAUAUACUCAUGUGUAGUGAGUUGUAUAUAUGUAUAUAUAUGUAUAUGUGUGUAUACAUAUAUAUACAGGUACAGUUUGUCAGAGAGAGCAUUUUACCCUGGGAUUUUGGAUUUCAGGAUGAAAUCACCCUCCCCACCCUCCUGCUUCAACCCUUUUAGAUAAAUAAACAUGUCCCAAAUGAAGUUUUACAAACAAGGGAUGUACAAUUUAGAACAAAUUUAAAACGUUUUUUUUCUUUUUUUAAAGCUACCUCACACUAAAAACAUACAACUUCACAAAUAAAACUAAGGUCUCUCCCCCGAAUCUUUGUUUACGAGGCCCAUAUUUAUGGCCCAGCGUGCUGGCCCCCAUUUGACCCCAGACCCACUCAUUUCCUCCCUUCAGUUCCCUCACACAGGGUGUGCCUUCUGCCUCAGUGGACACAUUUACACAGCGGUAGAGUUUUAAGUUGUGUUUAACUUUGCUGCUCCAGUUUUACAGCCAGUGCAGAUGGUUCAUUUGUGUGAGGUUGUGUAUAUUUCUAUUAUUGAUAAUAGUAUUAUAUUAUUAUGAUCAUGACUUGUUUUUGUUACACUUUAAUUAAUGUAAAUUGGAAAUAAAAGACAAAAC